AUGACAGCGCGGCGGCAGCGGAAUUCGCCGCUGCUUAGCUGUAUAGCAUUUAUACUCUAUACAACGGAAAUACAAGCUGCUAAUGCAGCCUAUUCUAUCGAUUUAACUGGUAUCACCUCUGGAACAGCGUACACCCUCACAGUGAACAUUGGCACUUUAGAUACUUCAGGAUCUACAAAUAAAAGUAAUGCAUUUCGAAUGAUUGCAGACACAGGCUCGUCAAAUGACGCAGUUCUUGGUGAAGGAUGCUGCGGACCGGAUGCAGAAGUGACGUACUCAUGUGAUGCAUCAUCAACAUGUGUAAAUGGAGGGGGUGAGAAGGUUACACUUGCGUUUGCUGGUGCUAACAUUCAAGGUCAAUUUAUGACAGAUACGUGGUCAUCUGAACAACUGGGGGAAAUCUCCAAGACUUUUAUGGUUAUUGAGAGACAGGAUACGUUUUAUCGGUCAUCGUACGAUGGAAUUACGGGCUUAGCAUAUGAGACGCUUGUGGCGUCAACAGAUAUGAUUGUACCAUCGCUGUAUAAUGUAUUGAUUGAUACAGCGAAAGUGACUGAUGCUUUUGGGAUGCUACUCUGUGGUACAAUGCAACCAUUGCUUCAGACGGGGGGAACAGAUUUUACGCUUCAUUCUGGACAAUUGCUUAUUGGUGGUACAGAAGGCACUCAUGGCGAAAACUACUACUCUGGCAGUAUGCUUUAUACUCCAAUCACAAGGGAAGCUUGGUAUGUUGUAAUGGUAACUGAUAUUGGAUAUGAUGGCACAAGUCUUGGACUUUCAUGUGAUAAUUACAACGAUCCGCAAGCAAUUCUUGACUCUGGCACGAGUAAUUUAGCGUUUCCACCAGAUGUUUACAAUGCCCUCAUGAAUCAAAUUAUGACAGCUACGCUAGCAGCUAUUCCAGAUUUUGAUCCGACGUACUUUGAUGAUUCGAGCUCGUGCUGUCAUGAAAGUUAUUGUGAUCCCACAUCGUCCAGCGCUGCAUUAUUACAACUUCCUUCAAUCUAUUUUACUCUUGGAUUAUCAUCUAGUGAUGGCUCGACGAAAAAACAUUUUACUGUUGAGAUUCCACCUGAAUACUACUGGCGUCCUGAAAUGAAUGGUGCCAAUUCCAGCACACCCUGUCGUGCACUUGGCAUUUCCGAAGGGUCUUCCACUGUAUUAGGUGAUGUUUUUAUGGACGGCUUGUAUUCGUAUCACGAUCGUGCAAAUGGUAACAUUGGUCUCGCUGUCGCAAGCAAUUGCCCAAAUAAUAUCACGUCAAGUAAAAAAGUUUAUCCGUCGGACCUCUCGGGAGACUGGUGCUCUUGCUUUUCAAAGUCUCUUCAAAAGAGCAGUAGAUGGACAACAUAUGUACCGUGGGGUACUGGCUGUUUUUUUUGGCUUUGGUGGAUGUAUCUGGUUCUGGCUAGUAUUGCGGUAGUGAUUGCUUGUAUCUGCGUAUUAAUUUGGUGGCACAUGACGAGUAAACGGAUGAAAAAACUUCAGGAUGGUGUGAAUUUAUCCAACACUUCUGGCCAUCGUACCACACGCUUUCCAACAAUGCAAUCAUCUGAAGCAGCUCUAGCUCCUGCGUCACCACCGGCAGAUUACUAUGUGGCAUCAACUUCGACUCCUAAGAGUGGCCCGAAUCGUUCUGGUCGGUCGGGCUCACGGCCUGGAUCAAUACGAUCCCCACGAUCACAAGGCAGAAGAUCUGCGCCAAUUGAAAAGGAAGUCCCAAUAAUGGCUCAAUCGAAGUGUUCCAACAUGAGCUCGCCACGGUCACCAAUGUCCAGUACUUCUAGUAUUGCGCUUUUAUCGGAAGCACCUUCUUCAAUGGAUAGCUGGAAGCACAAUCUAAAACCGCUUACGUCUAGUAGCCAAAACUCAGAUUACAAGUCGAGUCUUAAUACUCGAUGGGGUGCGUCAAUAAAAGAGAAUGAAUUUUAA